AUGUUGAUAACUUCUUCCUUUGCUGUGAUGCAUCUGUUAGUUGCAGCUGUAUUGAUAUCAAUAGUUUCUUUUGCUAAUGCAUUAACAAGAAAUGACUUCCCUCCUAACUUCUUGUUUGGUGCUGCAACUUCAUCUUCCUUUGCUGUGAUGCAUCUGUUAGUUGCAGCUGUAUUGAUAUCAAUAGUUUCUUUUGCUAAUGCAUUAACAAGAAAUGACUUCCCUCCUAACUUCUUGUUUGGUGCUGCAACUUCAGCUUAUCAGGUUGAAGGUGCAGCAAAUGAAGAUGGCAGGAAGGCAAGCAUAUGGGAUACCUUUGCACAUGCUGGCAAUGCAGGGUUAUUCGAGGGAAAUGGUGACAUUGCAUGCGAUCAAUAUCACAAAUACAAGGAUGAUGUCAAACUCAUAGCGAAAAUGGGCUUAGAUGCCUAUAGAUUUUCCAUAUCAUGGUCAAGACUAAUUCCAGACGGGAAAGGGCCUAUAAAUCCGAAGGGACUGCAGUAUUACAAUAACCUUAUCAACGAAUUAACAAGCCAAGGAAUCCAACCACAUGUUACAUUGCAUCAUUUGGAUCUACCACAAGCACUUGAAGAUGAAUAUGAAGGAUGGGUUAGUCGAAGAAUUGUAAAAGACUUCACAGCAUAUGCAGAUGUAUGCUUCAAAGAGUUUGGAGAUAGAGUUAAAUAUUGGACCACCGUGAAUGAGGGGAAUGUGGGUGCACAAGGGGGCUAUGGUUUUGGAUUUUUACCGCCUCAAAGGUGUACUCUUCCCUCUAUAUAUAAUUGCUCCAAAGGCAAUUCUUCAACUGAGCCAUAUUUGGCAGCGCAUCAUAUGUUGUUAGCACACGCAUCAGCUGCGAGAUUGUAUAGGAAAAAGUAUCAGGUCAAGCAACAAGGUUUUAUUGGGAUUAAUCUCCUUGUUUUAGGUGUGAUUCCGCUAACAAAUACUAGUGAAGACAUUAUUGCCACUCAGAGAGCUCAAGACUUCAGUAUUGGGUGGUUUCUGAGUCCCUUAAUAUUUGGAGAAUAUCCUAACACCAUGAAAAAGAAUGUUGGCUCAAGGCUUCCUUUCUUCACAAGUAGGGAAUCAAAUUUGGUUAAGGGCUCAAUAGACUUUCUUGGAGUCAACUUUUACAGCUCAUUUUAUAUUAAGAACAACCCUGGCAGCCUGAAGAAAAAGAAUAGAGAUUACAUAGCAGAUUUGGCCGUGGAAGUUAAGCCCUACUCUGGAAAUGGUACAUUUGCAGAUGAGCUUCCAGUUACACCCUGGAUUUUGCAAGGGAUGCUUCAUUCGUUGAAGAACGAUUUCGGAAAUUUUCCCAUUUACAUUCACGAAAAUGGUCAACUAACAUUAAGGAAUUCAUCGUUAGAUGACUGGCCAAGAGUUAAGUAUAUACAUGAAUACAUAGGGGGCAUGCUUGAUAUGUUGAGGAAUGGCCUGAAUAUUAGAGGUUAUUUCGUAUGGGCCUUUUUAGAUGUAUUUAAAUUACUAAAUGGAUUUGGACGAAGUUUUGGUCUAUAUUAUGUGGAUUUUGAAGAGCCAACCUUGAGGAGACAACCUAAACUUUCUGCUGUGUGGUAG